AUGUCGGUGUCACCAUACUCGGUCCAACACGACUUCGAGGUCCAAGAAUACAACAAACGUCGCGCAGCUUGGAAGGCGUCGGAGAAGAGGCGAAAGCAAGAAGAGAAGCUGCUUAAGGAACAGGCGAAGCGAGACCGAAAGGCGGCGUUGAAGCAGCUGGCCCAGGCGGAGAGAGCAGAGCCUCGAAAGACCUUUGGGUGGUUGUGUCGGAAGAGCCAGUCAAGGACCGACGUCUCUGCGGCGAAGAAGCUCGACGAUGACGACGAUGACAGCGACUCGGAUGAAAUCCCCCUGCGAGCUGCGCUGGCCGCGUAUCCCCCAGAGCUUAGAAGGCGGACGUAGCUUGCAUGUAGACAUGACGUGCAUCAAAACCAGAGGUCCAUCCGGUGGAGGUUUCGUCGUGCUUUCUCAACAAGCGUUAUCCUUUCAUCCUCCCAAACUCCACAACCCCUU